AAAGUCCACACCAAAACUUCCCUUGAUCCGUUCUUAUUCUUUUUUAUUUAAUAAACCAUAUAAUUACUUAUGUCGAUCUACGACAAAUACAUAAAUCGCGAUUUUUUAUGUAUUAAUUUUGAUGAAUGUGUAAAGAUCUGACUGACCAAAUGCUUUGAUAACGUGAUAAACGAAAAGCAGACAGUUAAUGUUGGGAAAUGUCUACUGCUUCAGUCGCCAGUUUAUCCAGAUGCCGUCAGUAAGCCACGAAGAAGAGAGAGCAGCUAAAUAUUCCUUUGCGGAAGUCAGAUCUUUUCAAAUCAAAGAAGGAAACACAAGCAAUAUGGCGCCCGAACCAGUCAAGACUGGACGAAUUUUUAUGGCCGCUGUUGCAGCCAACUUGUCCGCAUUUGUAGUUGGCAUCUGCCUGGGCUGGACAUCUCCAAUUUUACCCAAACUCAAGACCGAAGAUACUUCCGACUCGCCGUUGAGCAGGCCCAUUACUUCCGAUGAAGAUGCCUGGAUAUGCUCGCUGAUUGCUAUUGGAGCGCUAAUUUCUCCGUUUGUAGCUGGGCCUUUGGCGGACCGCAUUGGUCGCAAGUGGGUGCUGCUCUCCAGCAGUGUCUUCUUCGUUUUGGCAUUCGGAAUUAAUAUGGGCGCCUCAGAGGUGUGGAUCCUAUACCUGUCCCGACUGAUUCAGGGACUCGGCGUGGGGUUCGUGAUGACUGUGCAGCCCAUGUAUGUGGGUGAGAUUUGUACGGAUAAUGUGCGUGGAGCGACUGGCUCCCUAAUGCAGCUGUUUAUGGUGGCUGGGAUUCUAUAUGUCUAUGCAAUUGGGCCAUUCGUCUCGUAUAUGACUCUACAGUGGUGUUGCAUUGUGGUGCCCGUGAUCUUCGAUGUGGUCUUCUAUUUUAUGCCCGAGAGUCCCCACUAUUUUGCCAGGAAGGGACGCAAGACGGACGCACUGCGUUCGCUAAAGUUCCUGCGUGGCCAGAGCGCCGAGGGAGUGCACGACGAGUUGGCCGAGAUACAGUCGAGUGUGGAGGAGGCCAUGACCAGCAAAGGCACCAUUAUGGAUAUAUUCAAGAAUCCCGGAAAUCGCAAGGCCUUGUUCAUCUGUGCCGGCCUGAUCUCCUUCCAGCAGCUGUCGGGCAUCAAUGUGGUCCUUUUCAAUAGCCAGUCGAUCUUUGCCAGCGCCAACACGGGCCUGGAUCCCGCCAUUGCCACCAUUAUUAUUGGCUGCGUACAGGUGGCCUCAUCAGGUCUGACGCCGAUCGUGGUCGACCGACUUAGAAGGAAGGUGAUGCUGCUGACUUCCGCCUGUGUGAUGACUGUGGGUCUGACGGCACUCGGCGCCUUCUUCUACAUGCAGCUGGUUGUGGGCGACAUCUCCAGUGUGGUGUGGAUGCCAGUGCCAGCGCUCGUCAUCUACAACAUUGUCUACUGCAUGGGUUUCGGGCCCUUGCCCUGGGCCGUGCUAGGCGAGAUGUUCCCGGCGAAUAUUAAGUCGUCUGCCUCGUCCAUUGUGGCGAGCACCUGCUGGACAAUUGGCUUUCUGGUUACCUAUUUCUAUCCCACUCUGGAUGCCCUUGGUUCCUUCUACGCCUUCUGGCUGUUUGCCGGCUUCAUGGUGGUGGCAUUCUUCUUUGUCCUCUUCGUGGUCAUGGAGACGAAGGGCCUCAGCUUGCAGGAGAUCCAGGAUCGACUCAAUAGAAAGAGCGACUAAGCGAUGGACCAAUUUGUUAAUAUAUGUACAUAUGUCGUUUAAGUCCUUUGAAGAUCUUAUAUGUAUAUCUUAGGUCUAAACGAAACUAUUUUAUGGGAUAGUUUUUAAGCUCAAAACUCCAUUUUGUUAAACGGUUUGCCUGCUACUUUUCAAAUAAAAAAAUACUUUUUAGUAAUAU